UGCCAGUGGCAAAUGGAAAUCGAUUUAUACGGAAGUGCGCGAUUCCCCCGUUAUAUUGAGGAUAUCAAAAAAGGAUUUUCACGGUUUGAAUCGGUGAUUUUCGAACUCGUUUUCUGGUAGAAUCGUCGGGAAGUUGAGGAAAAUGUGAAGUGAUUGUGGAAGGUGAAUUUGAUCGAGCCUCAGUCGGAAGUUUGGCGGAAACGAAAAUCUUUGCCGGAUCGUGAGCCACCUUUCUGGGCAACUGUGGGAGGAGACAUCGCGGAAAAAGGGCAAAAUCGAUUUUAUGUUUUCCUUUGCGACCGGAGGCAAUUUUCACACGAUAUUUAUCAUUGGAGUUGAAUUUUUCACACUGCAGCUACCCGUUCGGAUUGAAUUUGUCCCAUUGUCAGAUACAGGAAGUUUAUCUUAAGUGAAAAAAAUGAUCCGAUCCUGUUUAGCGGACACAAGACAGCUCUGGACGCAGAUCCAGCAGAAAGCACGGAAGUGAACCGAUCGAAUCGAAGAAAACGAAACUCCUUUAAAAAUAGCUAAGAAUAAUCACUAGAGAGAGAAGAUUUCAAAUAGAUGACCUCGACAAUUCGAAACGGUUUCAGCGCUCCAGCUCAUCAUAAAACAAGAUUUUUUGUGAUCAUGAUGCGACUCAACCUGAAGGUGCUGCUAAUAUGUCUGUGCUUCGCGGUAUUCUUGAUCACGUUCACCAUGUGGACAAACUGCGGGGGUGAUCUGCCCUUUGCCCGAGGCCUGGUACCCAAGUGGAACCGUCGCUACGAAGGAGCAGAGAAUCCUCAGGAGCUGACGGAAGAGAUCGAUUGUGUUAUCAAUCAGGAAUUCACAAUCGGUUGCCGCAGGGAGGGCGAUGAAGUCUAUCUGCCGUUCGCCUUUCUGAGCAAAUAUUUUGAGGUUUACGGAUCGCUCAACACCGUGGAUGGUGUGAAACGAUUCGACUGGUCUCAUAGCUACGGAAAGGUGAAUAACCCUAAGGGCACCUACGAUCCCAAAGGAAUAUUCAUGUACUUCGAGAACUACAAUGUGGAGAUGCGGGACCGGGUCAAGUGUAUUAGCGCCAAUGAAGGGGUCCCGAUUUCGACGCAGUGGGAAAGUCAGGGUUAUUUCUACGCUACGCAGAUUGCUCAGUUUGGAUUGUCGCACUAUAGCAAGAACUUGACGGAACCGGAACCACGGCGAAAGGUGGUUGAAGAUGGGGACAAAGCAUUGGCAGAAUGGCGUGUUCCUAAGAACAGCUCGCUGAGCAGAGCUUAUGUGAAGGAAAAGGACUCGAUGGUUACCCACUUUUCGACCGGGAAGCACUUUGAUAGUGCCAUAACGUUACCAAUGGAUCACGUGUUGGAUUUGGUGCUGAGUGUUAAUAUUCUGCUGAGACCAAACUCGAGUUUCACGGUAACAUUGCAGAAUCGAGAAACACAAAAGCUGUACAAUGUAAUUUACAUCUUGGCGGAUCUGAUGAUAAGCGUUCAGGAUGACAAUAUUUACUAUGGGCUGGGAUCGAAUAGUACGUCUGUAUGGCGUAGAUUAUCGAGAGAUUUGUUUGUCGAUCUACAGAAGGGUUUGCCCCAAUACAUCAACACAGAGAAGCGACGCAAAAUGCGUCGAACCGAGCUAAAAGUUGUUGAAAUUUCGUUUCUCGGAAACGGAAGCUUUGAUAAUCUAACGCUAUCGACUAGCGAACAUAUACAUCACUUCUACGAUGCUGCAGAGUGGUUGAUAAGGCAUCAGGACCAAAGCACUGGAGGCUGGCCGAUUCCGGUGCGACGGAAGUUGGGAGCUGGUUUCGGAGAACUUUCUCGAGGCUGGUAUUCGGCCAUGUCUCAGGGGCAUGCCAUUUCACUACUAGCCCGAGCUUACUAUCACUCUCAUGGAGAUCGGCGGUAUUUGAAGGCCGCACUGGACGGGCUGAAGUUGUUCCGGAUACCUUCCUAUCAGGGUGGAGUGCUGGCCACUUUCCUGGGCAAGUACGCCUGGUACGAAGAAUACCCGACGACGCCGCCCUCGUUUGUGCUGAAUGGAUUCAUCUAUUCGCUGCUGGGGUUGUACGAUCUAAACUCAACAGCUCCAGCUAACCAUUCGCACGAAGCAGCCGCACUCUUCGAGCAGGGCAUGCUUUCGCUGAAGAAGAUGCUGCUGCUGUUCGAUACAGGGUCUGGAACAAGCUACGAUUUGAGGCACUUCACAUUGGGUAUUGCGCCUAAUCUAGCUCGAUGGGACUACCAUGCGACACACGUCAAUCAGCUUUUGUUGCUGGCCACGAUCGAUUCCGAUCCGAUCAUCUAUCAAACGGCGGAGCGGUGGAAGAACUACAUGCUUGGUAAAAGGGCCCAACAUAAUUAAAAAACCCCAAACAGCCCACGGGUAUUUGUGGGAACCCUUCGUAAGCAUAAUGUACAUGUAACAUAAGAAAAUAUCAAAACAAAUGGUAGAAACAAACAAAUGCACUUACACAGAUCAUGUAAACCAUAUACAGAGAAAAUUGCUCUUCCUCUUCCUCCUUGUAAUGCCUUAACACGAUACUGACAAAUUAAAAAGUAAUAUAAUCGAAGAUUUAGUACACAACAAAAAAAAAAAAAAAAAGAUUAAGAUCUUGAAACUUUUUGAUACUGAAGCAAAAAAAAUCUAAAGCAAAAACAUACACGCAGGAAAGCUUGUUUUGAGAAAGGUUCUUCCCGAGGCUAUCAUCGAAAAGAACCAGGACCAUUGCCACUGUGUUUGUCUAGUGAGAGACCACACACACGUACCCCCGGGACACUUAACUAGUAGAGAGCAAAUUGAACAUUGCAUUGGUAAUCAUCACACAUGAAAAAUAGCACCUUUGUGAGAAUCACGGAUUAGAGAGGUCUCUGGAGCUGGAGACGUACCAUGUAUGAUGUUGCAGGCUAGAUUUUAGGUAGAGUUCUAAUAAUAUAAGGAACUGGUAGUAUUUCUGAAUGAAGAGGUAAAAUUAUAGAAUGGAAAACGUAUUAGUUGUAGAACAGAGAAAAACGAUAGAAAUUGUGAUGGUUAGUUGUAGAAACGAAUGGGUUUUCAAGUUAAAAAAAGAAGCGAAUACAUUAGGUUGUACAUAACGAAAAGGAAAAAAUGCAGCAGUAACAUAAUAAGUUGUAUGUACGUACAGGAUUGCGUUUAGGAAACGAAAUGUUGUAAAUGGAAGUGAUUCGUUAGAAAAAAUUUCAAGCUUUACGAGAUUCAUCUUUCUUGCCGGUCUAGAGACGCUUUUUGUUGAAUAAUUUGAUAAGUUCUUGAACUAUUUUCAAUGUAAUUAUCCGUAGGAUUAAUGCAAGGAAUUUUGUUUCUUUCACUCGUGUUUAGACAUUCAAGAAUAUGUUCUUAUUGGCUGAAAUAAGCUAUUCUAUUUGCGUUCGUUCAAAUGUUUUAUUUCAUUUGAAUUCAGUAUUGAUAGUUGUUAAAAAACGGGUCAAUAGAGAGCGUUGAGAGAAGAAGAAAAAAAAGUGUGAAAGUUAUUAUUUUUCGAUUGUUUUUUGUCUCUAUUUUUAAAUCCAAUUCAGUUUGAAAUGUGUUUUCCAAUCUAAUAUCUAUCUUGAAGUUUAUUGAUGACUUCGUCACACGACCUGUUUUUCAGUAGAUAUUUUUUUAUUCUAGUUACGUUAUUGCUUACAGUUUUUAGUACUUUGAAUGUUCUUAGAUACUUAAUUUUUAAACAAAGAUAAUUUUCUAAAAAUUCUUUUAAUUAGUUUUUUUAUUUAUUUUUGGAAAACAAAAAAAAAUUCAUAAUAAUCGACAAACCUGAUUUAUAUAUCUCACUCGGUGUAAAAUUAACUACAAAAGACUGUUAUCUUAUCUAUGAAUAAGAUUUUUUGGUGAACAAUGUUAAACGAAAGUAAAACUAAAAUUUCGGUGACUAAACCAGCUUAAACAAUCAAUUGAAUUACAAGUAAAAUAAAGCUCGAUUUCAGUUUAACUGAUUAGUCGUGAAGAAAAAAACUUUAAUUUAUAAAAAUUCUAUCUUAGAGAGGAAAACAAAAAACUAUCGGUUUGAGUUGACUGUAGCACGUUGUAAAAAGACAAUAAUCGAGAUAAUGCAAGAGAAAUGUAGAAAAGUAUUCGAACUAACCCCUCCCCCUCCCUUUUCUAUCCGCACUUUGUAGAAAAAAAAGAAAACAAAAAGUUUUUCAAAGGUAACGUAAAAUUGGAACUGAUUUCUAGCAGACUGCGUUCGAGUGUUAUCGUUCGUUUCUUAGAGCGUUCGUAUAGUAAAAAGUAUCGAUCUGGUUGAGUGCUUAUUAGAAGUAGGUUUCGAAAGAUUUCUCGAGAACGAACUGGCACAAACUGACACAAAUUAAAAUAAAACAUGUAACAAAUUAGACACGAUAAUACACACAACAUACACGUAGUUUCCCACGAUAGCAAAUACAUAUUUGACUACUGAUUGUACAAAUUAAUGAACAAGAUAACAAAAUAAUAAACCUACAAAGAAUAGACCAUUUAAAGAGUAGAUAAUUGUAACUGAAGCUAUGUUUUAAAUUUUUUAAAGAAAUGUAUCGUAUAAAAUAGCAAAAAUCGACAGUACAUCACUUCCCAAAUCUACAAUUACAUAAAACAGAACUUAAGUAAACACAACAAACAAGUUCCUUCACCGUAAUUGGAGUAGAAUAGUUAAAGUUUGAUACACGAUCCUCAGUUCGAUUGAUUGUUUUACCACUUUUUCGUUGUGUUUCUUAGAAAUGCAUUGCAGUUUUAAAGCACCAAAAUAAAAGAUAUCAUUUGCAAUUUUUUUUUGUAUCGAGCAGAAUACGAAAAUUAGCAACACUUAGUGACAGUUUCAAAACUACAAAACAAAACCGAACUAUCAUAUAUUUAAAACUCCGAAGUCGACACAUUCAAAGUACAGAAAACCGCUACCUAUAAAAUUAAUUAAAUAAACCAUUGGCGAAUGGCGAAAACAAGUUUUCAUUAUAAGUAACCCUAAAGCCCAUUAGCUAAACGGAAAAAGCACAUUAAUUAAAGCUAAAUCAGUAAAACAAUAAAAAAAAGGAGAACGACAGCAAACAGUGAAUCAAACGUUCAAAUACACCACAUAUAUGCAAGUAAAAUAUUGAAAAAAAAGAAACACAAACGACUACAACAUUAACCCUGCUCUAAUGAAUGUCAAUAGGGGAAAUUAAAAAUUUAAAAAACAUCAAACUGAAAAGAAGAAGAUUUAAAUAAAUUGAAAAAUGA